AUGGCAAAGUCGUUCAUGUUCCAAAAUACGUCCACAGAAAACAGGAAGAAGCAGCGCGAGGAAAAACAAAUUGAACUGAGAGAGAAGAAGAGGGAAGAGCUGCUCAACAAAAAGAGAACGAUGGCUGUUGACGAUGCGUCUAUCCAAAUCUCCGAUUUUAAGGUAAAAAAGGAUCUGCUGCUCAGCAAGGAUCCGCAGGAGGUCUGGAAGGGCAUAAACCAAUUUAGGACAAGCCUUUCCGUCGAGAACUCCCCACCAAUUCAGAGUGUGAUUGAUUCUGGCCUUGUUCCACGAUUUGUGGAGCUGCUCUCCGCAGAGUGCUCGUUAUACAAGAAUGCAGACAAAAGAAUGGUGCGCAGCAUCAGAAUGGAGGCUGCGUGGGCGCUCACCAACAUCGCGUCGGGCACAAGCGAGCAGACGCAGGCCAUUUUGGAUUACGGUGCUAUUCCGCUAUUCGCCGACAUGCUCAAGGAGAACGACGAGGACCUGGUGGACCAGGCAGCAUGGGCAUUCGGAAACAUCGCUGGCGACAGUGAAAAGAUGCGCGAUGCGGCGAUAAAUUGCGAUGUGCUCAAAAUAGUCAUAAGCUUGGCAGCGCAGCUCCUCAAGACUAAUGCCUCGCUCAGAGUGCUGAAGAAUUGCACGUGGUUGGUCUCGAAUCUUAACAGGGGACGGAAUCCGCCACCUAAACUGGAGAACAUGAAGGCCUCGCUCGAAGUGCUUCAGCAGCUCAUCAACUACAAGGACGAUGAGGUGCUCAACGACACGUUGUGGGCCCUCUCAUACAUCUGCGAUAACUCAGCUGAGGCGGUUGAUAUGGUUUAUUCUACGGAUGUGCUCGACAAAACAUUGAAUAUCCUGAGAAACCACUACGAGUACAACUCGGUGAAGGUGAUGCUGCCUGCCAUCAGGAUGGUAGGGAAUAUCAUAACAGGGAAGGAUGAGCAUGUCGAUAUGCUGCUGAAGAGAGAUGUGGUGGGCAUUUUGAAAGACAUUUUUCAGCACUUCCAGGGCGAUGUUGCACUAAAGAAGCUACGUAAGGAAAUUUGCUGGAUUUUCUCAAAUAUCGCGUGUGGUACCAAAGACCACAUCAGCUGCCUGGUGAACGAGCACAUCAUGGACCUGCUGUACAGUACGACGAAUCUGCAAAACUACAUAAAGAUGGAGGCGUGCUGGGCCAUCACGAACAUGAUGAGUCAUUGCGAGGAGUGCUUUGAGCACUUCGAGCUUGUACUGUCGGGCAAAUAUUUCCUGUUUUUGGAUGAUUGUCUCGAAUCGUUUGAUACGUACACCGAGAUACGCAUUCAGAUCCUGAAAACGAUGAAAAGAGUGAUCACGGCCGCAAGAGAGUGGCAGGUGUGUAAAACGGGGAGCAACAAGCUAUUUGAGACAAGGCAGAUUAACAAAAUUGACAAGCUGAUGGAGACCAUCGAGGGCCUGCAGUACGGUUCGUCGGACGAGCUGAGGAAUCUGGCAGAGGCGGUGUACGCCGAGUACACCAAAGACGAUGAGUUCAACUGAGUGAGAGAUCGUAAAUAAAACAGCAGGUCUUUUAUUACGUA